UACAGAAAUGUAUUUCCGACCGGCCGGUGUUUCACUGUUUCAGAUUCUCGGUCUCCCUAUGUCCGUCGGCGACAUCGCCUUAGGAGUAUAGUAUCUUCAUCGUAUUCCAGGCCAAAAUCCUCAAAACGAAGAAACAUGUAUUAUCUUGUCUCGUCAGGGCGUCGUGUUAUUUCUCAGAUUGCCGUUGCAAACUAUUUUAAGUGUUUUUCUACUUUGUAUUCUCUUUCCUCCUUGGAUUCUUCCCAGUUUGGGGGUUCCUUUGGGGAAGAAAAUGUUGGAUUGAGAGAAAAUUCUGAUCUUGCCAUUUUACUUGCUAGAAUUUCUCCUGGGAGCAGUGAGGAUGAAGUUUUCCAGUCUCUUUUAUCUGAUCCGGCUUGUGAUGCUAUGCAGCUUAAUCACAGCCUUGUUGGAAGGUUGCUUCAUUGUUUUAAAGAUGAUUGGAAGUUGGCACUGGGUGCUUUUAGAUGGGCAGAAUCACGCCCGGGCUAUAAGCCUUUACCUGCAUUCUAUGAUAAAUUGGUGGACAUACUAGGGAAAACGAAGAAGAUGGAUAAGAUGUGUGCAUUGGUAGAGGAAAUGCGUGAAAACCAUAUUGUCACUCUCAGUACUAUAGGAAAAGUUAUGAGAAGGUUUGCAGGUGCAGGAGAUUGGAAAGGAGCAGUGAGAAUAUUUGAUGAGUUAGGAGACUAUGGUUUUGAGAAGAACACCGAAUCCAUGAAUUUGUUACUUGACACUCUUUGCAAAGAAAAUAGAGUUCAACAGGCACGUGAAAUCUUCUUGGAGCUUAAGUCACAUAUUCCUCCAAAUGCAAACACAUUUAACAUUUUCAUUCAUGGCUGGUGCAAAGCUAACAGUGUAGAUGAAGCACAUUGGACGAUUCAGGAGAUGAGAGGACAUGGAUUUCGCCCUUGUGUUAUCAGCUACUCAACUAUCAUCCAAUCCUAUUGUAAUCAAUCUGACUUCAACAAAGUUUAUGAGCUUCUUGAUGAAAUGCAAGCUCAGGGGUGCCAGCCAAAUGUUGUAACCUUCACCACUAUUAUGUGUUCAUUGGCAAAGUUUGAGAAGUUUGAGGAAGCGCUGCAGAUUUCUGAUAGGAUGAAAAUGGUUGGUUGUAAACCUGAUACAGUUUUCUAUAAUGCCCUGAUUCAUACAUUAGGCAGGGCUCACCAACUAAAAGAGGCUGAAUAUGUAUUCAAAGUUGGAAUGCAGAUAAAUGGCGUCAAACCAAACACUUCAAGUUACAAUUCCAUGAUUGCAAUGUUUUGCCAUCACAGACAAGAACAAACAGCUUUAGAAUAUCUGAGAGAAAUGGAAAUUUCACCAUAUUGUAAACCUGAUGUCCAGUCAUACUCUCCUCUGCUGAAGUUGUGCUUUAGAGAUGGGAAGACCGAUAAUUUAUUGCCUAAGUUAUUGGAUAGCAUGGUUAAUAAGCACCAUUUAAGUCUAGAUCUAGCAACAUACUCACUUUUGAUCCAUGGAUUAUGCAGAUCAAAUAAAUGUGAAUGGGCUUAUAAAAUUCUUGAGGAGAUGAUAGCUAAAGAGAUUACACCUAGAUAUAAAACCUACAGUCUUCUUUUGGAGGAAAUCAAACAGAAGAAUAUGUUUGAUGCUGCCAACAGGAUUGAAGAAUUAAUGAAGAAAAUGAAAUCCUCUUGAACAAGUCUGUAUUUCUAGGGAGACUACCUCACCACACACAUAAAUGAGUGGGUUGGUCUUCUUCAGCUGUGUAACUCCCUUUAUUGGAAGGUACUAAAGGGAAUUAUUGGCCUUUUUAGGUCAUAAAUACAAGGACGAAGAAUUUGUAUGUCACAUGUAGUGUAUCAUAUCACUAUUGACAGGAUGAAGUUUCCACUUCACUGGAUUGUUCUGUGGAUUUCGAUUUUGGCACUUCUUUUAUUAUAUUUCAUGGGAACCAGAGCAGAGUUGUGGUGCAGCCUAAUAUUGAAGAUCAUGUUAUUGGGCACAGUAAUUGCAUGGGCUUCCACAAAGGAAGUCUAACUGAAUGGGUAUUUGGGAAUUUGACUGCAGGUUUCUUUCAUUUUACGAUGAUUUUUUCCUGUAUAAAUUUCACAUUUAUUUCCAAAUUUGGUAAUGCUGUCAGAUCAUGAUACAUAAUGAUGAGCUAUGGUUCUACUUGGUAGUGAAUUGUUAAAUUCUUGAGUUGAAAAUGUUAACUUGGACUUUAAAUUUGUCUGCUCUUUUCAUCCUCAAAGCAAAGAAGUAGCAGAUUUCUUGAAAUAUAGAUUAUAUUUUUCAGCUGCUGCAGACUAUUUUAGUUUUUUAGUUUUAUUUUAGUUUUCAAGUUGUCCUUGGGCAUAAAGCUUACAAUAUUUUCAGCUCAAUAUGUGGGGUUAAAUACAGUAAUGUUUAGCACUAUUGGAGAUGCAGCAGCCCAUGUGACUGUAGGACAUCCCAUAGACUGCAUUAAGUGAAAGCUCAGAAUUAGAUCUCAUGAUCCCAUAAAGCUUUUAUUAAGACAAUUAGACAAUAUAAUAAAACCAAGAUAAACUAAACCACUCCAGUUUCUUGUGAAUGCAUAGACUACAUUGCUUGUGGGUCACCA